GCUGGAGGAGACCAGAGAAAAGCAGAGCACGUUGCAGAGCGGAGAAAGGAAAGCAUGCAAGGCGGACGCGCGAAACGUGGUGGUCAUGGUGGUGGUGCUCACGGCAGUGGUGGUGCUGGUCAUGGUGGUGGCAGUGGAAGGAUGAUGGGCAGGGGAAAGCCACGAAGCACCAAGCAACGCAUUCGCGACAUUACCCGCCUUCUCUCUCGACCUGGGCUGCCGGAAACCAUUCGAGCUGAGCAAGAGCGUCUGCUGGAAGGACUCAAGGCCCAAAAUGAGGAGCACAAGCGUAUCGAGCGAGAGCGCCGAUUCGCAACUAAAUACAAGAAGAUCAAGUUCAUCGAGCGACGAAAGCUGGAGCGUCUGCUGAAACGGCUGCAGAAGCAGGCCACAGAAGGAGCCCUCACAGAGGAGCAGCUCAGCGAAAAACAACUCAUCGAAACAAAGCUCAAAUAUGUCGCGUUCUUCCCUGCCGAUGAGAAGUACAUCUCUGUUAUCAAGGAAGCCGCCAGCAUGCCUCCCGCGAGCGUCAAGCGCCGAGACGAGCUGCUUGCGGCGCUGGGCGGGGAGCCGCUGCCGAGCGACGAUCCCGUGGAGCGCAUGAAGCAGCGACUCAAGGCAGCGCGCCGGUUGCAGGCAUACGAAGCCCGAAUGCACCGGAACACGGGUAGUGGUGCUGGCGAUGAGGGUGCAGACAACGACGAGCAGCAGCAGCAGCAACAGCAGCAGCAGCAGCAGCAGCAGCGCGCCAAGAACAAGCAAACACAACGCAAGGGCAAACAGGAUGGGAAUGAAGACGGUAAUGAUGAAGACGAGAAAGAAGAAGCUGACACAAGCAGCAACGAAGAUGAAGAAGACACCAGCAGUGGCAGCGGCGGCAGCAGUGGCAGCAGUGAAGAUGAUAGCGAUGACAGCGAUGAGGAAGAUGCGGAAGAGCGUGGUAGCGGUGACGCAAGACGGGCACGUGUUGUUCGCGACGAGUCGCUGGCGGCCGGGGAAGACGAGCCAGAGGAGGAGGUGUACCCGACAUACGCGCGCGCCAAGGCACGUGGUGGCAACAGAAACUCCACAGCUGCCAAGAAGAAGCAGGGCGGCCACAGGGGUGCUGGUGGUAAGCGGACCGCUGCCGCUGCACACGGUGGUAACGGUGGCGCUGGCAGUGCUGGUGGUGGUGAUGGCAAUGAUGGUGGCGAUGGUGGUGAUGGUGGUGGCGAUGGUGGUGGUCAUGGUGGUCGGGCACACGGCAACAAACGCACGGACACGGUGAGUCACGUGGUGUAUGGUGGCAGCAGCGAUGGUGGCAGUGACGGCGACGACGACGACGACGACGACGAAGACGACGCUUUCUUUGCAGGUGGAGAGCAGGAAGCGAAGAAGUUCAAGCCAUAUCUGCUCGAGGAGGAUGCUGCACGCGUCGAGGCUAUUGCACAACAGCAGCAGCACAGGUCUGGCACCAGCACUGGCGGUGAUGGUGGUGGCGACGGAGAAGAGCAGAAGAAGAAAAAGCGUAAACGCAAGCGUGCCCGACGCAGGAAGAACGCAGACUAGAUCUCCCCGAUACGCCUUUGUGUGUGUGUGUGUGUGUGUGUGUGUGUGUGUCUGUCUGUCUG